AUGAACUUCUACACAUUUUUGAUUGCAUUUGUACUGGUUGUGAUUUUUGCCAUAUUACUCCCCAUUGUGUCAGGUAUCGGCACUUUCAAAGUAGAGAAGCAACAGAGGGGAAGCACAAAUGCACAUUUGAAAGACAAAAGGGGCGUCAAAUUUGAGUUAUCAAGCAACACUGAGAGUUUUGGGACCGCUUCUUCGACUAAUAGGAAAGAGCGUAACUUUGACAUCCAUUCGAGAACAGGUUUGAAGAAAAGAGUCAUUGGUAAAUACGAUGAGGACCCCAAUACUUAUGAUUACGAUGUGAAUGAAUUUAUCAAUGAGGAUGCUGAAGAAGAAAAAAGAGCACAGGUCGAAAGACUGCAGAAGUUUGAUGGGAGCAAAGAAAAGGCCUAUGAGGAGCUUGUAUGA